AUGAGUCUUUUUAAAUUUCUUCUUUUUUCUACUUCAUUCGUCUCUUUUUUUUCUACUUCUUUUGUUACUUCUACUUCUUUUGUUACUUCUACUUCUUUUGUUACUUCUACUUCUUUUUCGACUUCUUUUGUUACUUUUUUCGACUUCUUUUGUUACUUUUUUCGACUUCUUUUGUUACUUUUUCGACUUCUUUUGUUACUUUUUCGACUUCUUUUGUUACUUUUUUUCGACUUCUUUUGUUACUUUUUUUCGACUUCUUUUGUUACUUUUUUCGACUUCUUCUGCCUCUUCUUUUUUCGACUUCUUCUGCCUCUUCUUUUUUCGACUUCUUCUGCCUCUUCUUUUUUCGACUUCUUCUGCCUCUUCUUUUUUCGACUUCUUCUGCCUCUUCUUUUUUCUUCUUCUGCCUCUUCUUUUUUCGACUUCUUCUGCCUCUUCUUUUUCGACUUCUUCUGCCUCUUCUUUUUCGACUUCUUCUGCCUCUUCUUUUUUCGACUUCUUCUGCCUCUUCUUUUUUCGACUUCUUCUGCCUCUUCUUUUUUCGACUUCUUCUGCCUCUUCUUUUUUCGACUUCUUCUGCCUCUUCUUUUUUCGACUUCUUCUGCCUCUUCUUUUUUCGACUUCUUCUGCCUCUUCUUUUUCGACUUCUUCUGCCUCUUCUUUUUCGACUUCUUCUGCCUCUUCUUUUUCGACUUCUUCUGCCUCUUCUUUUUUCGACUUCUUCUGCCUCUUCUUUUUUCGACUUCUUCUGCCUCUUCUUUUUUCGACUUCUUCUGCCUCUUCUUUUUUCGACUUCUUCUGCCUCUUCUUUUUUCGACUUCUUCUGCCUCUUCUUUUUUCGACUUCUUCUGCCUCUUCUUUUUUCGACUUCUUCUGCCUCUUCUUUUUUCGACUUCUUCUGCCUCUUCUUUUUUCGACUUCUUCUGCCUCUUCUUUUUUCGACUUCUUUCGUCUCUUCUUUUUUCGACUUCUUUCGUCUCUUCUUUUUUCGACUUCUUUCGUCUCUUCUUUUUUCAACUUCUUUCGUCUCUUCUUUUUUCAACUUCUUUCGUCUCUUCUUUUUUCAACUUCUUUCGUCUCUUCUUUUUUCAACUUCUUUCGUCUCUUCUUUUUUCAACUUCUUUCGUCUCUUCUUUUUUCAACUUCUUUUUACAUAAAAAAAUUUCAGUUUGA